AUUUCCACUACUACAUUGGCAUGUGAGUUCACAACUGAUUUUUAACAGUGAUACAUAGAAUUUCAAUUUCUCUACUUUUACGCAGGAGAGGAUACCAAGAAGUGUCCUUUUAUUAUACUAUUUUAGUUCAUUCAAACGCUGAUUGUUAUGCAUACUAUUUGGGUGUGUACGAUGGUGUACGAUUGCACCCGCGCUCGCUAGGUAUGUGUGUGAAUGCCUGCGAAUGUGUGUGUUGGCGUUGGUGGGUUCCCGACAGUUCAGUCCAGUUGUUCGGAAUGGGACUUGAUGGAGGAAUAAAUUCGAAGUGGCAGAGUCUAUGAACUGAAUCGACGCAAAUGUUACGUAGUAUUUGCAUCCUUUUCUAUUGACAUAUUGUAUUUGUCGUGUUACAAACACGUAACUGAGUACACAAAACGUCAAACUAACAUUCAGUGAAAAGUUUAUUUAGAGCUUUAGGAAUAAUUCACAAGCUAAUGAAUAUUAGUAUUAACAGCAAAUUCAUUCUGUAUUUUUGACUCGGGCACUUAUUGACAUGUCGAAUUCAGGGACACCGCCAACGCCUCGCCCAGAAGCACUGAAAAAGCUGGCACAAUUGAGAAUUGAAAGAUUGAAGAAAGAGGAGGAAGAGGAACAAUGGAUAUCUGGAGAAGAAUUGUAUACAGAAGGUAGUAGUGAUGAAGAUGACAUGGCCUUGAGAACCAAGAGGAAAUCCAAUGAGAGAGGUUUGAAGAAGUCAUCAAGAAGUGCAGGAUGCAAGGCAAAAAAACAGAUAAAAGAAGAAAAUAAAAAGCCCCAGAGUCAUCUUAUACCGCAACUAAAUUUGACUUCUUGUGUAGAAAAAAAUGAAAUUGAAGAGAAAACCACCCCUAUUCACUCUGGUAAAGAUCAAAAGAGUGUUGACAAAGCUUGCUCUGAAUUAGAUCCAAAAAUUCUUACAACAGACACACUUCCUUGUAGCUCAACACAAAACGAUGAAGUACAGGAAGAGAUAUCAUGGAGGCCUAAACGGGGUAGUAUUAAAUUACCAAAUUUGACAACUGAAGGAAGAGUUGAAUUACUUGGGUUGGAAAGUAAAAGUGAGGCAUCAUUAGUCGAUGCUGAUGAAGCCUAUUGUGCUAUGAUUGAAACAAUAAAAAAAUUAAAAACUUUCUUCAUGGAUGAAUUCUCAAUUUUUCCAAGUAUAGCUACCGCAGAAAGAGGUAGUUCAAGACAGAGAAACAUUAAGGGUAUCAAUGCGAAUAAAAACUUAAGUAAGCUACUAGCUAGUGACUGGCAUUUUCUGCAUGAAAGAUGUGAUGAUAAAAGUGCCUUGACUAACAUGAAUGUUUUGGAUUUUCUUCUUGAGAUUAUUGACUUUAAACAAAAGGAAGCUCAUGAUGAAACACUAAAUGUUCAACUUCAGAUUAGAGAAGAAUUGAGUCAGUUUAUGGUAUCUCAAGCACCUUCAAGUGAUGAAGUGAGAAAAAAUAUAAACAGUUUUCUUGAACAUUGUUUGUUUGCUGAAUACAAAGGUAACCCUAAAGACAUUAAAGCUUUAAACAAUGGAGAUGAUAUGCAAAAUCCAAAGCAUUAUAAAGAUGAAAUUGUUCAGUAUUGGGAGAUAAAACAUUGUGAUAGUAUAGAACACAUAGAUGCUGUAAAAUUAACCAUGUUUAAUAAAAGCUUCAUUUCUGGAAAUGAAAUGUACCCACUUUGUGUUCCUUCCGUUGAGAAAAAUGAUGAUCAAGAAAAUAUAGAGGAUGGUGAGGAUAUUGUUCCAUUAACUGACGAGGAGAAAUUGAGACUUGAUGAGCUGCUGGAUGAUGAUAGUGAACCACAGUCAAUAAAUGAAUCUUUCACUACUGACGACAAUUCAAACAGCAAUUGUGAUACUAGAUCUUUUGAAGGAGGAAGGGAAAAUGAAGUCUAUGCAUUUAAUGAGGAGAUGAAACAAAAUCUUGACAAAAUAAAUGAGAAACUACAAGCAUUUUCUAAAAGCCAGUGUGAGAAUGAAGUACCCUCUCCAAAAAUUAAUGCUGAUCUAUCAGAACCCAAGAGUGAGGAAUCUUCAGAAAAUCAUGAAAAGUAGUAACUGAAAAAUAUUGUUAAAUUUUGUAGUGCUUGAUUGAAAUGUACUCCUAAGUAUGUGUAAAUAUUAUUCAAAUUGGGUGCUUUCUCUUCAAUUUUCUAGUUGAUAUGUGCUAAAAUCACAGAAUAAAAAUGAAUAUCAAACUCAAUUUUUUCUGUAAUGUUAUUCCUUACUUCCUUUGAAUGGCAGAAAAUGCUGUAUUUUCUCCAUUUAAACACAGACCAAAUACACAAUUGUUAAUGACACAAUUCAAGUACCUAAAAAUAUAUCAUAUGUAUUAGAAUGAUUUAAUGCUGCUAUUUUGAAAAGAGAUACAAAAGUUGCUCAGUGGGCAACAGAGUACAUGGAUAAAAAGGUAAUGAAUAGGAAACAGAAUUUGUCGUAAUAAAAAAUACAAAAUAUGAACCUAUAUCUAUGUAAAAUAAAAACUUAUUAAAGUGUAUAACAUUGCUCUCCACGAGGCAUUUUUCAAGCAUAAAUCAUCAAUCAGAUCUUAUGAUGGAUUUGGAGUGACUGAAAGGUAUUUUGAUCUCUACAAAAGUAAUUAUACAAUAGUUUUCAUCACCUGUAAGGGUUUUAUUCUCAAUAUAAAAAAAUGUUAGUUUUACGACACAAUGUUGUUUACGAGUAUCCAGUGCUCAAGUGAAUAGUAGUUUCAUGUAGUCAGUGAUGGAUCUCGAAAAAAAAAAGAAAAGAGGGUUAAGGGGAACCACCUCUAACCAACGAAGUAAUAAGAAUGAUCUGUAA